GGGAUGCAGGGCGUUUCCCCAACCCCCCCUUUGGUCUCCUGGGGUGGUUUGGGAUCCCCCUGCAUCCCUGCAGGCUCCACACCCCUUCUGGGAGCUGGGGGUCCCAUGGGUGCAGGUUGGGGUGGCUGAAUCCUGAGCCACCCCAAUCCCCCCAGCACGGGGACCUGGGGGCUUGGUUUUGGGGAGUGAGCCUGGAGCUGAGCUGGGUGGGAGCUGUGGGAUGAGAACAAGGAAUACGGAAGGCAGACGGGGAGAGGGAUUUCUCACCCCUUAAUUGCAGUUAAUGAUUGAUGAACGUGUUUACUGCAGGAGGCAAAGGUCUGGCAGUGUCAAGAUGAGAGUGCAGAGGCAGCAUCCCCAGGGACACAGCCACAGGCCUCCUGGCAGGAUGGCAUGGCGCUCUUUGGUGCUGCUCCCCUUCCUCCUGGCAGCAGUUUCAGCAAACACAGUCCCCAUCCUCAACGUGACCAUCUUCUACGUGCCUGAGGACCUGGAGCUGGGCCAGGUUGCUUUCCAGCUGAAGGCUUAUGACAUAGACAACGACCCUCUCACCUACCAAAUCGGAGGGAUGGACGCCUUCUACUUCUCUGUUAACUCCACAUCAGGCGAAGUGACACUGAGGAACUCCCUGGACCGUGAGCUCCAGGCCAGGCUCACCAUCAUCGCCAGGGUGUCAGACGGUGUCAACAAUGAGGUUUCCAAAAAAGUCACCGUCAUCGUGGAGGACCGCAAUGACAACGCCCCUGUCUUCCAACACCUGCCAUAUAAUGCCAUCAUCCCCGAGAACACAGCCGUGCACAGCAUCAUCUACACCGUGUUUGCCAACGACAGCGACACUGGGAACGCCUCCAAAGUCAGCUACAGCAUCCAGGAGGUGAUCCCAGACAACAUGAACAAUCUCCAGCUCUUCUACAUCCUGAGCAAUGGGAGUGUGGUGCUCAGUGGUUCCCUGGACUAUGCCAAGAACACUUUCUACCAGAUCAAGAUCCUCGCCCAGGAUGGAGGGGGACUGCUGCACAACAAUUGGACCGUCCAGAAGAGCUCCACUUACCUGUCCCUGACCAUUGAGGACGUGCCCAACCUGGACCCACGGUUCCUCAAUGAGCCUUACUCGGGCUCUGUGCCCGAGAACUGUGACCUGGGCACCAUUGUGCUGACUGUCACCGCCAUGGACCAAGACACAGGGGUGAAUGAUAACAUCUCCUACAUCAUCACCAAUGCCAGUGUUCCUUUUGUUAUCAAUAACACAACGGGCACCAUCACUGUGAGUGAGCCCCUGGACCGUGAGCAGCUGCCAAGUGAUGAAGUGCUGCUGGUAGUCACAGCACGUGAGGAGCACCCGGAUAUCUACGGCAAGAAUGCCCAGGCCAGCACCCUGGUGACAAUCUUGGUGACUGAUGUCAAUGACAACAAGCCCCAGUUCUACAACUGCUCCCUGUCCAGCUGUGACUUCUCCGCCAGUGCUCAGAACAACUUCACAGGCAACAUCAUAGAGCACUCCUCCACCAGACUGCCUGUGUCCAACCUCAACAUUGUUGCCUAUGACCCAGAUAAGGGCAUCAACAGCAGCUUUGAGCUGAGCCUGCAGGGUGCCAAUGCCAACGCCUUCAGUGUGUUCCCCACAACGAUUGUGGGCGCAGGGGAAGUCCAGAUCCUGGUGCAAAACUCAUCCUUAGUGGACUACGAGAUAAGCCAUGUCAUGGUGGUGCAGAUCAUUGCUAAUGACACGGGGAACCCUACAGACUGCUGCUCCACGGCCACCGUGACCAUUGACCUCAUCGACAGCAAUGACCACAUCCCUGAGUUCCCCCAGAGCACCUACAACCUGACUGUGAUGGAGAACAGCCCCGAUGGCACCGUCAUCUCCCCAAACAUCACGGCCUAUGAUCCAGACAGCGGUGUCCUGGGCCAGAUCACCUACCAGCUGCUCCCAGAGAACAUCCGUAACGUGUUCAUGGUGAACGCCACGACCGGGGCGCUGCUGGUGCACGACGGGAGCUUGCUGGACCGGGAGACUCGCUCCAUCUACUACGCCAACCUGCAGGCCAAGGACGGGGGCGGCCAGGUGGGCACCACGGUGCUGGAGAUCACCGUGCUGGAUGCCAACGACAUGGCGCCUGUCGUCAUUGGCUCCUACUUCAUCUCGGUGGAAGAGGGGCAGAAUGUUAGUACACAGAUCCAGGCCAUCGACAAUGACGAGCCUGACACCCCCAACAGCAAAUUGGGCUUCAUGAUCUUGCCAGGACUGUUCAGCAACAACUUUACCAUCAAUGGAGACACAGGUGAGAUGCACAGCACAGAGCCACUGGACCGAGAAGCCGUGGAAGAUGAGCAUGGACAGAUGGUGGUGACAGUGAUGGUGUAUGACCACGGCGAGCCACCGCUGAACACCACGGUGAACGUCACCAUCACCGUGGGGGACCUGAAUGACAACAUUCCCGUGUUCCUCAACCAGUCCUAUGAGUUCUCAGUCUUUGAAAGCUCUCCAGGGUCCUUUGUGGGUGACGUGAACGCCACAGAUGCCGACCGGACAGAGAUCAAUUCCCGCAUUUCAUUCCGACUUGAAAGACUCAGUGGCUCCAGCAACUUCUUAAUCCGCUCAACCCGCCUGGGGCCAGGGAACUACAGUGGGCAGCUGUCCGUAGACCCUGAGGUGUUCCUGGACUAUGACACGCUGCGGCCGAAGUUCUUCACCCUGACAGUGCUGGCAGAGAACACGGCUGCAGACAACGCAGGGGACAAGGCCAAUGUCUCAGUGACAGUGCACAUCCUAGAUGUCAAUGACGAGUCCCCCACCGUCCUGUCAGCCUCACUGCAGGACGUGUCUGUGGCUGAGAACGGGACACAGCAGGGUCUGAUCCGCACGCUGAAUGCCUUCGACCCUGACACCAACCACUCGCUGGUCUUCGAGGAGCUGGCGGUCGCCUGCUUCAAGGGGGACAGCAGUGCUGAGGACGUGUGCUGGGACUGGUUCCUGCUGGCACCCAAUGGCUCAGUGCUGGUCAACAGCUCGGACAUCGACUACGAGGUGUGUGACAGGGUCCUGCUCACGCUGAGGGUGGAGGACCUGUACACUGAGAAAGGAAACCGCUACAGCCAGAACGAAACCCUGAGGAUCAUCAUUGUUGAUGUGAAUGACAACGUGCCAGUCUUCGAGGCCAUCUCAGACACUUUUGUGGUUGUCCCCGAAAUCUCGCCUGUGGAACUGCAAGUGGCUACUGUGAAGGCCACAGAUGCUGACACAGGGCUGGGGGGAACCAUCACCUUCUCCAUCGUCAGUGUGGUGCUUGUGGAGGACAACGGGGUCAGUCGGCCCUUCGAGAACCUCUUUGGGGUGUCCACAACACCUGACAAGGGCGCCUACAUCGGGAGUAUCCGAGUGGCCAGCAACCUUGAUGAAUCUCUGAAGGGGCAGUACAAGGUGACGGUGGAGGCUGAGGAUGGUGAGGAACCGGUGCACAGAGCACAGACCAUGCUGAGUAUCUUCACAGUGGAUCAGAGCUACCGCAUUCAGCUCCAGUUCCUGACAACAGUGGAAGAAGUCCAGAGUAACUCCGAAAAUAUUAAAUUGGCCCUGACCACCGUGACCAAGGCAGCAGUCUACGUGGUGGCCAUCCGAAGCAUGGAGGACACCCGUGAUGCCCACGAGGGUGCCAAGUCAGUGAUGGAGGUCUACUUCGUGUACAGCAAUGGCACUGCCCUGGGUGUCAAUGACCUGAGCACGCUCAUACAGUCCGAUCCCGUGGGCUUGGCUGAGCUGGUGAAACUGGGCCUGGCUGUCAUUGGUCCCGGGGAGGUGACAAAGCCCACCAAGGAGAUGGAGCUGAUUGGCAUUAUCGCAGGAUUGGCAGCAUUCCUGCUCAUCUUCAUACUCAUCAUGACCCUGGUUUUGGUACUCACCACCAGGAGCUACAAGAGGAAGCUGAAUGCCAUGAAGGCUCUGAAGGUGGCCACAACAUUCAACCCUGCGACAGCACAGCAAGGAGCUGGCAUCCCUGGGACCAACCAGUACAACGCUGAGGGGGCCAACCCCAUGCUGAACCGCCCGCUGGAUCCCUCCCACGACCUGGGCUUCCACGAGGACUCCAUCUCUGUGACCAGCAUGAAUUCCCUGGAUGAAAAUACAGUAAAUGCACCAGCAGAUGACAACUUUGAGGUCGAGCAGGUCAAAAUGCAGCCAGCAGACCCCACUGACAAGGAGGUGCUGGUGGCUGCCCUGAACAUGAAGGAGCCCACCAGAACAGCAUACCUCAACACCACCUUCACCACCACGGACCUGUGAGCGGGCUCACAGGGUGCAGCAGGGCCAGAGCAGGACUCGGGCAGCUGCCUCAGUGUUGAUAUGUUCAGUGUCUGGCAAUAAACUGUUCCACAGGGGUCACAGUGUCCUGUGGUCCUCAGCCCAGCUGCCUGGGGGGCUCAGUCAGCUUGGAG